AAAUUUUAAAUAUUUUUUCAACUAACUUUCAGCUCAUAAAUUCAACAACCUGACGCUUAUGCUGCUUAACGAAGAACGCCUAAAAAAAAUAGGCUUAAAAGAAGGUCCGAUUCUCUUUGUUUUGGAUAUCAUUGAAAAGACAAGGAACGCGAAUUCACCUACAUUGAGAAUUGAAGACGCUGAGAACAUUUCCCCGAUUCGGAUCAAGCUUCAACGAAAUUCCAGAUUUGCCCAAAACGUUCUCUAUAAAAAACUGGAUAAACAGCUGCCCCUUGAACACAAAGAAUUAUGCCAUAUGGUUCGAAUACUCUGCGAUGAUUGGAAGAAUCGAGUUUUCCUACAAAAUUACCCAACAACGGCGGAGCAACAGGAAAUGGCCCAACAAAUUUUGAAUGCAUUCCCUUAUCUAAGGAAUACACCUGGGAACGAUUCAACUACACUUUUUUCAAAAAAUAGUGGCAAAGGUACAGGCCAUCGUCAUUCAGGGAUCAUCCACAAUUUUUUCCGCAACCUUUGCCAUCAUGUUCCGGCCGAGUCCAAAAAAUUUACAAGAUCGCCCAAACCAGGAAUACUACCAGAGGAAAUAGCCAAUUAUGCAACCAAUCUUAGUCUCAUUGAAGGAACAGCUGAAAAUUUUUCCUAUAUCAAGGAGGAUAUGGCUAAGUGUUUGCCUUUGCUCAACAAUUUGAUACUUCUAAAAAAAACUCCUAAAUCGAUUUCGGAAACAUUACCACACUUACUCGCUUACGGAGGACAAAUAAUUGUCGAAAUGUUUGCUGAGAUGAAACCUGGCCAAAACAAACAUGCAAAUCUGAACAACGUUUGUUCGAAAGGUUUGCUGUUCAAACCUACUACUUUCAGCCGGGUCGAAGAUGGUAAUUUACGAGGAAUACUCCGCUUAUGGCUUUCAUUGAAUUCUCAAGGAAUGAGGAGAACACUUAAAGAUGGUGACAUGGAACAAGCAUUGGCUUAUGACCUAAUUCAAUGGGUUGGAGAAGAUCAGAGUACUUUAAAUGAAGUACUCGGAGGCUAUGAGGCAGCCUACAUACGAUCAGGAAAAUACCCGCCAUCAAAAAUCCUCUGCCGAGCAAUGCCCUUUGCAUUCGGGAACUACGUGAUUUACACAUAUGGAAUCACUAUAAAUGUCGAGGGUGAUUUCCUCACUACACUUGAUGUGUUUGCGAAAUCGUUCGUUGUCUUCGGAUGCAAACCACCAACAAUUUUAAAGAAGCUGUUAGAAUUUUUGUACAUACAUUGUUACAUGAUACAAAAGUCAACUCAUCGUGCAAUUGUGAAAACUUAUACGGAUGUUUUCACCGAAAGUAAUGAGGUCUCAAGCAAAAAAUCUCGCAUAAACCAUUCACAAAAAGCAAUGGUACUAUUAUAA